ACGCGAAAGUCGAGGAGAAAUUCGAGCGCGGAUGAAAAGGCCAUAUUCCAGCCAUAUUCCAGUUGGGGAAUAUAUAUUUUGAAAAGCGCAGGCGUGCAACGGUUUCUUGCGAGUCGUCGUGGUUCGCUUGCUACUUUUUUUUCGAGUGUGGUGUCUGCUGAUUGAAAAUUAUACGUGAAUAUUUGUUUACUAAUUUUUUUUGCGUGGAAAUUUACAUUUGAAUUUGGUUUUUUGAGCAAAUUAAUUAAAUUUGUUUGCAACAAACGAUGCAAUAAUAAUAACAAGCUAGCCGAACAACUAAAGAGUCAACAGAAAUUACAAGGCACUCUAUAAGACAGAGGAAGAGAUCCUUGUUCAGAAUGUCGGCUGCCACGCAUAUGGCCCUGCCGGCUCACUCCAUUGUCCCGCCUCCACCUGGAACACCACCUGUGAUCUCCGCUGGAUCGGGUGGCUCCUUUUCCCAUUCAAAUGUCAAGCGUGGUCACAAGCGCAGUGUCUCGCUGGAGAAUAACGCUCCGCUGGCCCUGCGUACUACGCCCAGUCUGGGUCAGUCCUCGCUCGGAUCACCCCUGCUGCAGUUUGGCCAGGGUUUGAAUCCCGGCCAGCCGGCCUUUCACACCGGCACACUGAAGUCACGGCAGGAGCAGCGACGUUUGAGCCAGAAAUUCGGCAGUCACAGCAAUCUUGAUGACGAGGGCGUGGGCCUUGGUCUGGGCUUGGGCUUGGGCCUGGGUGUGGGUCUGCAGAUGCGCAGCAAGUUCCAGAAUAUCCGUCAGAUGUUCGAGCUGAGUCGCAGUUGUGUGGGUGGCAGUGGCGGUGGCGGCGGCGGCAGUUCCGGUUCCGGUGCCGGUUCCGAGGAGGAGGCAAUGCAAUCUCUACCAGCAACUUUGCAGCCACAACAACAGCAUCAGCAGCAGCAGCAGCAGAGGCGGACCACGCCCAUUGCUAGCGGAAGUCGGGCGCAGCAGCAGCAGCAACAACAACUGGGCGAGGCGGAACAGACCAGCGGCAACUUUCUGAGACCGAUAGCCUUCAAGCCCAUACCAUUUGAGCCGGAUUAUCGCAUCGCUUGUCAGCAGCAGCAGCAGCAUCAGCAACAGUUGCAGCUGCAACAGCAACAGCAACAACAGCAGCAGCAGCAACAGCAGUUGCAGUUGCAGCAGCAGCAGCAGCAACAUCAAUCGCUGCAGCUGCCAUUGUCGGAGGGCAGCGCUGGUUCCGCUGGUGGAACGGAGCGAUAUGGCUACGGAUCUACACCAUCGCUGGCCCCCCUGCCGCCGGCAGUUAGCCAGAAGUUUGGCAGCACCACAGAUCUGCGACACCUGGCCGCCCGGCGUCGAAACCAUCGCCUCCUGCAACGCUCCAGCAAUGAGGAUUCCCUCACACUGGAUCUCCUCAGUCCAGGUGGAGGCCAUGACAGAACCGAUGGAGCCAGCAGCAAAAGUAGCGGUGGUGGAACUCUGGUGGGCAGCAGCGACCUGACACCCUCGCCCUCGGACUCCGGCAUCUCGGAGCUGGAGGCGGCCCUCAAGGAUCGCGAUUCGGAGCUCUCGUACCUGCGACAGGCCAUGGAGCACAAUGAGAAAGUAAUUUUCCAAGUACAAAAGGACAAGGAAGUCUACUGGGAACAUGAGAACCAGCGGCUGAGGUUGUUCUAUGAGGGUCAGCAGAGAGAGUGCCAGUUGAAGCUGCGCAAAAUGGAGCAGCUCUUGGGUCUACAGCAGUUCCAGCUGAAGCAGCACAAGCUGCGCCAGUCGGAGCAGGUGAACCGGCUGCAGCAGCAAUUGGAUCAAGCUCGGGAUUCCAACCAGAGUCUGCAGCAGCAGGUGGAUGCCCUGCGGUCCCAGUUGGAGGACAGCGAGUGGCGGGUCUGCGAGCGUAAUGGAGAGAUAGCUUUACUUAAGACGCAGCUCAAGGAGGCGCAUAUGGAAAUCAAUAUGAAGGAUCAUGCUCUUGUCAGCCUAAAGCAUAGUAACAGCAAUAAUAAUAACAGAAAAAUCAGCAGCAACAACUGUGACACAUCCAAAAGCCAAAGUCAACCAAAGCAGCAGGCGAAGGAGGAACAGCAGCUUCAGCAGCAGCAACAGCAGCAGCAACAGCAGCAACAGCAGCAGCAACAGCAGCAGCAACAGCAAAAGCAGCAGCAACAGCAACAGCAGCAACAUCAGCAGCAACAUCAGCAGCAACAGCAACUGCAGCAACAGCAACAGCAACAUCAGCAGCAACAUCAGCCAGAAUUAAACCAGCAGCAACCCAAGCCACAGCCCGACCAGCGACAAUUGCAGAAGAUCAUCACCUUGAAGGAUCAGGUCAUUGGAGCUCUGACCAGCGAAUUGGCCAAGCUGCGCAAGGAGCUCUCCGAUCUGGCCAUUGCCCAUGAAUAUGGCGAGGAGCCAUGUGGUCGCUAUACACGCCUCAAGCAGCAGUUGGACAAUCUCAAUGAGAUUUGCCAAAAGACAAGGAAAUACACCACCAGCACGACAGCGACACCGUCUCCGCCGGAGGUGCCUCCUAAGCUGGAUAUUCUGGUGCAGCGCCUUCAGCUGGAUCAGGGACAGGUGCCGCAGCAAACGCUGGACACGCUCAUCGAGGAGUCCACCACAUAUGCAGAGGAUAUAGCCAAGUUGCGACAGAAGCUCGAUGAUUUUAGGCUGAAUCUCGAGCUGGAGAAGCGUCAGUGGUGUGCAGAGAAGGAUAAGGUCCUGGGCUAUCAGAAGCAACUGCAGGCCCAUUAUAUACACAUGUACCAGAAGCUACGUUGCCUGGACAGUCAGGGGACGGCAAUGGGUGGAUCUGGAGGAGCCGCUGAGGUCAGCAAUGGAAAGGGAUUGGAAUGAUAAAUGGUGCUACACCAAUGCCUUUUUCCUUAAAUAUCUAGCGGUUUGAGGUCACUAGUAGAAGGUAUCUGAAUAUUAAACUGAAUUAAUAUACUCUGACAACAAAAAUAAAGUUGAAAUAUGGAUCUUUAAGGAGCUAGUACAUAUUGAAAAAGGCCCUUAGAUCCUUUGAUUAUUGUACCUAAAGCAAAUAAACUUAUUUAUCAAAUAAAAUGUAAUACUUUUAGCCAUUUUGACAAGCAAUUUACAAUCUAGAAAGAUUUUACUUUCCAAUUUAAAAGUUUCCUAUACAAUUUGGCUUACAACUUUCUUGAGAAAGAAAGAAUUUAAAAAAGAACGGAUAUAUAUAUACAGGGAACUUGUUCAUAAAUCUUAAGCCAAGGGCUGCCUUGACCUCCUGCUAUGAUUAUUCAGUUUCCUUACCCUGGGCGAUAAAUAAUACACGAUUUUCG